AUGACCCACAAUCCACAUGGGCGCGAGUGCAUCUCGAUUCACAUUGGCCAGGCCGGAGUGCAGAUUGGAAACUCUUGCUGGGAGCUCUACUGCCAGGAGCACGGCAUCCAGCCCGAUGGGCAGCUGCUGCCAGACAAGAGCACGUGGGAAGAUGACUCCUUCAGCACCUUCUUCAGCGAGACCAGCUCUGGCAGGCGCUCCCCGCGGGCAGUGUUUGUGGAUCUGGAACCCACAGUCAUCGAUGAAAUUCGAACAGGCACCUACCGCCAGCUCUUCCACCCUGAGCAGCUCAUCACUGGCAAGGAAGAUGCUGCCAACAACUAUGCCCGGGGGCACUAUACCAUUGGCAAGGAGAUCAUUGACCCUGUCCUAGACCGAAUCCGCAAGCUGGCUGACCAGUGCUCGGGUCUGCAGGGCUUCCUGAUCUUCCGAAGCUUUGGUGGAGGAACUGGCUCAGGCUUCACCUCGCUGCUGAUGGAGCGUCUUUCCGUGGACUAUGGCAAGAAGUCCAAGCUGGAGUUCUCCGUGUACCCUGCCCCCCAGGUCUCCACCGCCGUGGUGGAGCCUUACAACUCCAUCCUGACCACACACAGCACCCUGGAGCACUCCGACUGUGCCUUCAUGGUAGACAACGAGGCCAUCUACGACAUUUGCCGUAGAAACCUCGACAUCGAACGCCCCACCUACACCAACCUUAACCGUCUCAUCAGCCAGAUCGUGUCCUCCAUCACAGCCUCGCUCAGGUUUGACGGGGCCCUGAACGUGGACCUGACCGAGUUCCAGACCAACCUGGUGCCCUACCCGCGCAUCCACUUCCCGGUGGCCACCUACGCGCCGGUCAUCUCUGCAGAGAAGGCCUACCACGAGCAGCUGUCGGUGGCAGAGAUCACCAACGCCUGCUUUGACCCUGCCAACCAGAUGGUGAAGUGCGACCCUCGCAGAGGCAAGUACAUGGCCUGCUGCCUGCUCUACCGCGGUGACGUGGUGCCCAAAGAUGUCAACGCCGCCAUCGCAUCGAUCAAGUCCAAAAGGAGCAUCCAGUUCGUAGACUGGUGUCCCACGGGCUUCAAGGUGGGCAUUAACUACCAGCCUCCUACCGUGGUACCUGGUGGAGACCUGGCCCAGGUGCAGCGUGCCGUCUGCCUGCUGAGCAAUACCACGGCUAUCGCGGAGGCCUGGUCUCGCCUGAACCACAAAUUCGACCUGAUGUUUGCCAAGCGCGCCUUCGUCCACUGGUAUGUGGGGGAGGGCAUGGAGGAAGGAGAGUUCACUGAGGCCCGAGAGGACCUGGCAGCACUAGAGAAAGACUACGAGGAGGUUGGUAUGGACUCUGCUGAGGGAGAGGCCGAGGAAGAGGACGAAUACUAA